ACUGGUGUUGAUCAAUAUCAAGACCAACGUUGGUAUCGAUAUUAUCGAUACUUGGAUCGAUCCGUCCACCACUAGACCACAGCGUUUGCACUUCCGCAUUGGCCUCGUGGCUCAGCCCGGGUUGUUGCUGCUCGUUCGAGACUCAAAGUUCACAGAAAGGAGGAACAUGUCCGCCGUGCAGCUGCUGCGGGUGUCGGUACAUGAGCGGAUCAGCGCUGCCGCUGAAGACUUUCUGCUGCAGCUGGAGAAAGAGGAAGAAACGUCUCCAGUCCCGGAGCUGAGAGCGAUGCUCACCGAGCGGCUGACGGCGGCAGCGGAGGAGAUCACCGCUGUGUUCGAGGAAACCGUGGAAGAGUACGAAGACAGACUGGAGCGGUCCGAGCGGGAGAUCUGCCGCCAGAGGAGGCUGCUCGAUGCCGUGAUGAAGCCCGAAACAAGGCUGCACAGAGCAGACUUCCUGCAACCGGUGCUGAGUAAAGAAGAGGUUCCUCCUGAGCAGCAGCAGUGGAGCCCUCUCGCAGACCAAGAGGACCCAGAGCCCCCCCACAUUAAAGAGGAACAGGAGGAACCUUGGUCCAACCAGGAGGGAGUGCAGCUUCAACACCUGGAGGAGGCUGAUAUCAAGUUCACAUUGACUCCUUUCGCUGUGAAGAGUGAAGAAGACGAAGAGAAACCUCAGUCGUCACAGCUUCAUCAGAGUCAAAAUGAGGAGAACAGAGCGGACUGUGGAAAACCAGAACCAGCCAGGAGCUCAGGUCCUGAUGGAUAUUUACAACCAGGUCCUGAGGACAAGACUGAAGACUCUUCUGAGACUGAAGACAGUGAAGAUGAUUGGUUGGAGACCAGAGAGCCUGAGGGAUAUUUACAACCAGGUCCUGAGGACAAGACUGAAGACUCUUCUGGGACCGAAGAUAGUGAAGAUGAUGGGAUGGAGACCAGGGAGCUUCAGUCUGGUUUGAAUAUAAAAAACGACAAACAGCCUUUAAGUGAUACGAGAUGUAAAACUGAUAACAAACCAUUUAGUUGCUCUGAGUGUGGUUACAGAUUUAAAUUAAAGUCCCAGCUAACUCAACAUAUGACAAUUCAUACAGGAGAGAAACCAUUUAGUUGCACUGAGUGUGGCAAAACUUUUAGACUGAAGUUCACGCUGAAGAGACAUAUGCCAAUUCAUACAGGAGAGAAACCAUUUAGUUGCGCUGAGUGUGGUAAAAGAUUUAUUGAAAAGUCCCAGCUAACUCUACAUAUGCCAAUUCAUACAGAAGAGAAAUCAUUUAGUUGCUCUGAGUGUGACAAAAGUUUUAGACGAAAGGAAGUGCUGGCGGUACACUUGACAAUUCAUACAGGAGAGAAACCAUUUAGUUGUUCUGAGUGUGGUUAUAGAUCUAGACUAAAGCACCAGCUAACUGCACAUAUGAAGACUCAUACUUUAGAGAAACCACUUAGUUGCUCCAAGUGUGGUUAUAGAUGUUACCAUGAAAAUUCUUUAAAGUUACAUAUGAUGAGUCACACAAGAGAAAAACCAUAUAGUUGUUCUGAAUGUGGUAAAACAUUUAGAUAUAACCAACAGCUGAAUGAACAUAUGAUGAUUCAUACAGGAGACAAACCAUUUAGUUGCUCCGAGUGUGGUAAAAGAUUUACCCGUACGACCGUUUUAAAGACACACAUGAGAGUACAUACAGGAGAGAACCCCUUUUGUUGCUCUCAGUGUGAUAAAGCAUUUAAACAGAAAUCUGAGUUAAAUUCACACAUGGCAGCUCAUACUGGAGAGAAACCAUUUGGUUGCAAUGAGUGUGCAGAAAGAUUCAGACGUAAGAACCAGCUGAAUGUACAUAUGAGGAUUCAUACAGGAGAGAAACCCUUUAGUUGCACUCAAUGUGCAGAAAGAUUUAGACUUAAGAACCAGCUGAAUGUACAUAUGGGGAUUCAUACAGGAGAGAAACCAUUUAGUUGCUCUGAGUGUGCUAAAACAUUUAGCCUUCAGUCCAGUUUAAAGAGUCAUAUGAGGAUUCAUACAGGACAGAAACCAUUUAGUUGCUCUACGUGUGGUAAAACAUUUAGCCUUCAGUCCAGUUUAAAGAGUCAUAUGAGGAUUCAUACAGGACAGAAACCAUUGGUUGCUCUGAGUGUGGUAAAUGAUUUAGCCGAAAGUCCAAUUUAACUAUUAUAUGAGGAUUCAUAGAGGAGAGCAGGGAUUCAGUUGCAUUGUUUGUAACAAAAGAUUUAUUAGGAUUGAUUAGCAGCUAUUCAUGUUAUACAUAUUCAUAGUUCACUGUUGUAAAUAGAGAAUUAAGAGUCUCUCCUUCACCUGUUUUUAUCAGUUCAACAGUUUUUGGAAAGAAGCAUUGCACACACACGAACAGGCCCCGCCCCCACUCACUCACUCACCCACACAUGCGAGAGGUGAACUCGUUGAUGUGAACGAGGCUGUAAAUGUCGACUUGAAGCGUCACAAGUGUGAUUCCAGGGUUUCUGACUAAUGAUAAAUUAUUAGCGAUGCUGUUUCAGGAUCAGAACAGAAGCAGCGGUUGGUUUGUAUCGUGUCAGAGUCUGAGUGUCGUCCUCCACACUCACUGACCUGAGCUCACUUUACUUUUUCUCUAUGGACACCAACACUCUACUCUACUAUUCACUCCAGAGUUUAAGAGAGACACACACACACCCACUAACCUCAUACAAUAGAAACCUAAAAGUUCAUCUAAAUCACAACACCUCACUUUACUGACCUGGUUAAAUAUAUUCUGGGCCAAAUGUUUCAAAUUUAUUCAAGACCAAGUUUUAUUAACAGUCAAUUUUAUUGUGUUUAUUCAUCAAGGAUAUUCUAAUAUUUCUAAUUCUAAUGUCAGACUGAAUAGUCUAGACUGCUUGUUUUUGUAUAGGGAUCUAUGGAGAUGCUGCUGAGAGCUUUUUAGAUUAAAGGGAAUGCACAAGAAAUCAAAAUACGUUUCGCAAGUGAAAGGUCUAAACUGUGAAACAACACAUUCAGAUGUGAUGGUGAGAAAUUAGCUUUAUUUUGUGUAUAUAUAUAUAUUGAACUGUUUUAUACAACAAUUUUUUUUAAUGUGUGCGUUU